AAAGUCCCCACAAAUAACGUGCUCAUCAUCCACUCAUCUUCCUACAACUUCUCCACAUUCUCUAUUUAAUUUAUUUUUUGUUUUAAAAAUCUUACACAUUUCCGGAAAUCUAGAAAAUUCCCCCUCUAUAGUUCGUUGGAUCUUCAACAGUUAAAAACCCAAUUUUGAAAAUGGACGUUUGUCCUUAAUUUUCUCUCUCUUGAUGUUCUAGAGAGAGAAAGAGAGGAAGAAAGAGUGAAUGAAGAAGAAAAGAACCCUCUUCCUUUUUGUGAGGGAAGAUUAUUAAAUUUUGAUUUCAUUUGGAAUCAAUCGAUCGAUCUUCCCUCCUCUCUCUCUCUCAUCACCAUCUUUAUGUUUUCUUUAUCAGUGUCUUAAAUUUUAAUUUCUUUCUCUCUCUAGCUUGAGCAGAAACAGAGAAACAGGGGAAAUUUGUAGAGGGAGAAACUUGGAUUGAGAAUUAAAUUGAAAUUACGAAAUAUUUUGAGAUUCUGAGAAUUGGGUUUUUCAAUUCGGUUUGUGGGUAUUGUAAAUUGAUCAGUUUUGGUUGGAAUUAAAUGGAUAUAGAUAGUAUUGAGUGUGUGUCAUCAGUGGAUGGUUUGGAGGAAGAAGAGAUCCCUCAUCUUGACAACCACCAUAACAACCACCAUCACCACCACCCUUUUCCGGCGAAACAGAGGAGUAAUGUUGUAGUUCCCACAGCCAUUACACCAGCCACUAGCGUUCAUGAAUUGCUUGAAUGUCCUGUUUGUACAAAUUCCAUGUACCCUCCUAUUCAUCAGUGCCAUAAUGGACAUACAUUGUGUUCCACAUGUAAAGGAAGAGUUCACAACCGGUGCCCUACUUGUAGGCAGGAGCUUGGUGAUAUUAGGUGCUUAGCUCUUGAGAAAGUGGCGGAGUCGCUUGAACUGCCUUGUAGAUAUUACAAUUUGGGGUGCCCUGAAAUAUUUCCUUAUUAUAGCAAGCUCAAACAUGAGACAGUCUGCAAUUUUAGACCAUACAACUGUCCUUAUGCUGGAUCCGAGUGCUCCAUUGUGGGUGAUAUUCCCCGCCUCGUGACCCAUCUCAGGGAUGAUCACAAGGUGGAUAUGCACACCGGAAAUACGUUUAAUCAUCGCUAUGUAAAAUCCAAUCCCCGGGAAGUGGAAAAUGCAACAUGGAUGUUGACGGUUUUCAGUCAUUUGGGCCAAUACUUCUGCCUCCAUUUUGAGGCCUUUCAACUACACAAUGCCCCAGUAUACAUGGCAUUCCUCCGUUUCAUGGGGGACGAAAAUGAGGCCCGGAACUACAGCUACAGCCUCGAGGUUGGGGGAAAUGGGAGGAAAAUGAUAUGGGAAGGAACCCCUCGAAGCAUUCGAGAUAGCCACCGGAAAGUGAGAGAUAGUCACGACGGUCUCAUCAUCCAACGGAAUAUGGCACUUUUCUUCUCGGGUGGGGACCGGAAAGAGUUAAAGUUGAGGGUGACUGGAAGGAUAUGGAAGGAGCAGCAAAACCCUGAUGCUUCUCCUUGCAUACCAAAUAUGAGUAGCUAAGCAAAUCUCGUGUCCGUGUUCGUGUUCGUGUUCAUAGAGGGGUGUGUUUUGGGGGGAUAUUUUUAAUAUUUUUGCACUUUUCAUGCUAUCUCAAUUUUCUCUAUUUUUGGUGUAAUAGGAUGGAGAUAUUUGGGAUGGCUUUGAAUUGGAAGUUUCUCAGCUUCUGUGAUUACUACUAACCUCAUUUUUUUAUACUCUUUUGGCAUGUAA